AUGUCGAAACUCAUAGACUAUGCCGAAGUGCAGAGACACACCUCCAGAGAGUCAUGCUGGGUCAUCCUCUAUGGCUAUGUGUGGGACGUGACGGACUUCCUUCCCAACCACCCCGGCGGUACCAACAUCAUCCUCAAGCUCGCCGGCAAAGAUGCCACUGAAGAGUACGAUCCUAUCCAUCCUCCGGGCACUCUCGAAGACAACCUGCCCGAAUCCGCGCGCAUUGGACCCAUCGAUACCAACACUCUCCCACAACCGGUAAAGGCGGCGACGGACGUUGGGCCGGAACCAAACACCGAGGUGGAAGUGCCACUGGCCGCCCUCCUGAAUCUGGACGAGGUCGAGGCCGCGGCCACGAAAAAAAUGUCACAGAAGGGUUGGGCAUACUAUUACUCUGCGGCCGACGACCUGGUAAGCAAAGGUUUCAACAACACUGUGUACAGACAGAUUCUCCUGCGGCCGCGGGUGUUUGUCAACUGCAAAGACUGCGACCUUAGCACAAGUUUUCUAGGCCACAAGCUAGAUAUCCCGAUCUUUGUGUCUCCGGCUGCCAUGGCGAGACUGGCACAUCCCGAUGGCGAAUGGGGUAUCGCGCAGGCAUGCAAGAAAUUCGGCACCAUACAGAUGAUUUCCAACAACGCCAGUAUGACACCCGAGCAGAUCGUAAAGGAUGCGGCGUCAGAUCAAGUAUUCGGCUGGCAGCUUUAUGUCCAGACCGAGCGCAAGAAGUCGGAGGAUAUGUUGGCUCGGAUCAACAAGCUGGAUGCGAUCAAGUUUAUCUGUCUCACACUUGACGCACCGGUCCCAGGCAAGAGAGAGCAUGAUGAGCGAGGAAAGUUCAUCGCAGAAGACACAAGUCAGGCCGUCAAAGAUGCCGGCGGCCAAGAGCUGAAAGGGGGUGGCGGUAUUGGACAGUCCUUGUUCUUCGGCACAGAUCCUACAUUGACGUGGACCGAAACAUUGCCCUGGCUGAAGAAGCACACCAACAAACCCAUCAUCCUCAAGGGGUUGCAAUGUCACGAAGAUGCAUAUAUUGCCGCCCAGCAUACGCCUCAAGUCAAGGGCAUCAUAUUAUCGAACCAUGGUGGGAGAGCAGCUGACACGGCGCCCCCGGCCAUCCACACACUGCUGGAAAUAAGGAAAUACUGCCCCGAGGUGCUCAGCAAGCUGGACAUUGUCGUUGAUGGUGGUAUCAAGAGGGGCACCGACGUGGUCAAGGCUUUGGCUCUAGGGGCAAAGGCCGUCGGAAUCGGGCGCGCUGCCCUUUUCGGUCUCGGAGCUGGUGGUGUGGAAGGAGUGGAAAGAGUGCUUGAGAUCUUGCGGGAUGAAACCGCUACAGCAACCAGAUUACUAGGUGCGGCAAAGGUGACCGACCUUGGUCCUUUGCACAUUAACACCAGAGCUGUAGAAAGGGAUAUUUAUGACGGGCCUGCAAAUUUGCCUGGAAUCGAGGGAGCCGUAAAAGGUCUGUGGGCGAAAGCGAAGUUGUAA